ACCUAAAACAGCGCCAACAUCCCACAAUGCAAUACAUUCCACAGGGGUAAAUUGCGCCUGCGUCCUGUGCGCUUCCUUUUUGGACCUACGUCUCCAGAACUACAAUGGCCAAGCGCACCAAGAAGGUGGGGAUUGUGGGUAAAUACGGCACGCGUUACGGCGCGUCGCUCAGGAAGAUGGUGAAGAAGAUUGAGAUCAGCCAGCACGCCAAGUACACCUGCUCCUUCUGUGGCAAGACUAAGAUGAAGAGGAGGGCUGUUGGUAUCUGGCACUGUGGGUCCUGUAUGAAGACUGUCGCUGGAGGCGCAUGGACAUACAACACGACGUCUGCAGUCACAGUGAAGUCGGCCAUCAGGAGACUGAAGGAGCUGAAGGAGCAGUAGACUGUCACUGUUGUGUAACCGUUUGACCUGGACGCCGUGGCGGAACAUCUACCACAAUAAAAAUCAUUCUGGAGCGGAAACAGCGGAGUCUAUUUGUACUGCUUGUGCCACCUUAGCCGUCUGAAUGUUACCUCCUACAGAAAUAUCGUCUGAGCUCCAGACUUCUGGGUUGUUCCAUUUGGUUUUCUGUAUGAUUUAACAAGCUCUUAAAAGCAAUGAAAAGCUGUUCCAAACCGUGGAAGCGUUACAGAAAAGGACAUGGUAAAACACUUAAUUGUGAAGCUAAAUAUGAGGAUUGGACGUGCAGAUAAAAGAUACAUUGAUGGGGUCUGAUGGGUUACAUUGGAAAGUAUUCAGACUUCUUUCAAACAUUUUGUUACGUUAAAGUCUUAUUUUAAAAUGGAUACGAUUGGUUUUUCCCCCUCAAAUCGACACACUACCCCAUAAUGACGAAGCAAAGAAAGGCUUUUAGAAAUGUUUUAAAUAAAUAAAUAAAAAAUAUCACAUUUCCAUAA